GGUACCUCUCUCUCAGCUGGUCAUGCCCUUUCCUUGCCUUACCCCUCCACCCGAGGUAUCAACGAUAUCGAUCAUUAUUACAACGUAUCAAGAUUAAAAUAACCUCAAAAGUGUAUUCUUUUUUUAUUUUCUCCCUUUCUCUCUCUCUCUCCCUCUCCCUCUCUUCCCUCCCGCGCCAUGUUGUCGCCGUCUUCCCCGACUGGCGAGACAUCCAAGUUUAUCAACCUUCCCUAUACAAUUCGGCACCUAGUCUACCGUUACGUAGGUCUACCUACAAGCACUUUUCUGUAUCUAGACACCCCCCGGUCCAGCCGUAGUCCCUAUAGUGGAACGCACCAGGAACUUGACGCCGUACUCAAUCUCUUGCUCGUCUGUCGAGCUAUUCACGUUGAAGUAUCCUCGCAUCUAUACUCCGCUAAUACCAUAGUCACCCACAACUUGGGCCCUCUUAUAAGGCUCAGCAAAUCUUCCCUUUCAUAUCUCACCUCCCUAAAAGUUCACUUGAACGUUGCUGGUACUACGCACUGCGGACAGAGGUAUUGGGGGUAUGAUAGUGAAGGCCUGAAAGAAUCCGACCCCCUUAUAUCUCAGUGGAAAGCUGCGAUAGGCCAUAUUGCUCCUUACAUUAAACCCAAGCGGUUGGAAUUGGCACUCAUCUGCGACUGUGAGCCUGGACGGGUGAAUGCUGCGAGUCUCAUACUAGCACCUCUUCAACAACUCCCUGUCCUAAGGAGAUGUCAUAUUCGGCUAGGGUGCAGACCUGACCGUCAAUUUCGUCAGCUCGCCUGGAGUGCCGCUGAACGUGCCGUCGGCCUAGCACCGCCGUCCACGUUUCACUUUCUGCGCCUCCCACCCGAGAUACGCAUCAAGAUCCUGGAGUAUACAGAUCUUGUGACGCCCUUCAAUAAGAUCCGAUGGAAUCCAGGGGCGGGAUAUUAUACCUUUAGAGAGUGUGACUCUCGUAAGUACGGUCCUCCGUAUUGCCACCCAAACGACCACCGAGCUUGCGUGCUAAGCAGGGACGCCGGCCAAAGUUGCCUGACAUGUCCUCAUGGCGAUAGUAGGGUACGUUAUGGGCCCGAGUCGCACUGUUGGCGAUGUUUCCAUUACGCCUGCCAAUUUUAUGAUUGCGAAAGACGUAGCACGGCGGGCGAUCAGACCUAUACUGGAUGCUUCUGCUCCCGACGUCACGCUGCCUAUUCGCCUCUCUGUCAAUGCUGGGCUCCCCCUACUGCUUUCUUUCUCGUUAGUCGGGCUUUUCGAGAGGAUGCCGAGGCUGUUUUCUUUGCUCAUAAUCACUUUGUCGUCCGGACCUUUUGUUACCACAUCCGCCCGUCCACCUUCAUAGGCAAUGCAGUGGCACCCCCUAAACAAUAUCCGGGAUGUGAAUUCCUUAGCACCAUACCCAUUGAGGCGAUACGACAUCUGCGGUCCCUUGAAAUAACAUUUGACGAUAAAUGUCGCCUGACCCGCUACGUCCAACCCCCGCUUCGCCCUUUUAGUACCGUUAAGGACAGGCUCAACCUGCAAUUUCUCCAGAUUAUAGCUCUGCUGCUACCGGCCAGAGGUCGACGGAUGGGCAUCGUAGCCGCUGAAAAGGGUGUGGAUUAUGUGGGGGAUCUAGCAGAUAAAUAUUUAUGGCCUCUCAGUCGUGUCGAUCUUGUUUCUAGGGUGCGAACACUUAUCGUAGAGAUCAUCGACGUUGUUCCAGAUAUAUUUUACUAUUUGCGCUCGCCGUCGAACGAGUUUCCAAUUCAUAUCCAAGGCCGCCUGCUUUAUUCGAAUUCGCACACAGCUCGACUAAUAACCAGCAAUACAGGUGGCUCUCGAGGCACACUAGGCAAUAGGACCUCUUCCAUGCACGAACGUCAGCUGAUAGAGGGUUUCUGCCUCUAUGGUGAUAUAACCUAUCACGAGUUGGAGUUUUAAAUGUACGCACCGACAAUAUUGAAGAUCAUGAUAGGUCUUGCUCCUACUCUUUUCUACGGUGGGGAGACUCAUGGGAAGCCACCUUGGAUGAUGGGUACCUACCGAGGUAGAUACCUACGCAACUGAAAGAGUUGCGACCUAUACAGAAAGAGAUUAUAUGUUGUAGCCGCCCCAGCAGCAACGACAAACGGCAUGUAGUAUCGUGUUACUGUCUCGAUUCUAAUUGGAUUUAGAGCACUAGACUCGGUGCAUUGGCAUUUAUUGCCGUCAGGUUUCAUGGUAUUGCAUUUGCCUUAGUAGGUGUAAUUAGGAUGCGUGGUACUAGUAUGAUAGGCGAAGAUUAAACUAUACGCAACUUUACUCGCAGCAUAAUUCAUUUAAUAUAGUAAUUCAGAAUACAGCGGGAGCCCUAAGACUACCCAGGAGGUAGGUUAGGUAGCUGCCUGUUAUCUUGAACUCCAUACAGUAUAGUUGCUAGUUGCUACGAC